GUAUACGUUCAUAAGUCACAUGAUACGAAUGAACACCUUAACUUUUUCGUUUCUCGUUUUCAAUCCAUACGCGUGUUAAUGUCUUUAGAGCCUUGUGCCAGAUUCAAGCGUCUGGCAAGGUUUUGUAACAAGCUUAAAAGGGAUACGAUAAGAAGCCUAUCAGUUUAUUAGCGAGUUUGCUACGGAAGCCGUUUGCUUAGCAGUGGUUGCUAAGGGGUUAGCUUCAUUCAGGUGGCAGCUGUCGCUUGUUCUGUGACCGCCUCGUCCAAUAAGUCUUUGUGUGUGCGGUUUCCUCUCCCGCGUCAUGGCCAAAGUGCUCUCCGUAGAUACUUUGAGAAAACCCGCUGUUUUUUUACAUUCAAGAUGGUUCUGCUGGCCACUAAGCAGGCGAAAAUACAGCAGCAAUGACGAGACUUCUUCCUCGUCGUCAUCACAGUAUUUGCACAGAAGCCUUGUGCCUACUAUGCACUACCAGAAGAGUUUACCAAGGUUGCCCGUGCCAAAACUUGAGGACACCAUCAGGAGGUACCUGGCCGCUCAACAGCCUCUCCUGGAUGACCAACAAUUCAGAAACACUGAAAGGGUGGCGCAGGACUUUCUGGCUGGUGAAGGAAAAAGGCUUCAAGAGGAGUUGCUGGCCCAAGACAGAAAAAACAAGCACACCAGCUAUAUUUCAGGCCCGUGGUUCGACAUGUACCUGUCGGCGCGUGAUCCGGUGGUGCUGAACUUCAACCCCUUCAUGUCGCUGAACGACGACCCUAAGAGCGAGUACAACGGGCAGCUCGUGCGCGCCAGCAACAUGGUGUGCUCGGCCGUGCGCUUCAUGAAGACGCUGCGCGCUGGGCUGCUGGAGCCCGAAGUGUUCCACCUGGACCCAGCCCGCAGCGACACGGACGCCUUCAAGAAGCUGAUCCGCUGGGUGCCCACCUCGCUUGCCUGGUACGGCGCCUACAUGCUCAAGGCCUUCCCGCUGGACAUGUCGCAGUACUUCCGCCUCUUCAACUCCACGCGCGUCCCGCACCCCGGCCAGGACCAGCUCUUCACCGACCCCGCCGGGCGGCACCUGCUGGUCAUGAGGAAAGGCAACAUGUACGUCUUUGACGUGCUCGAUCCCGCCGGCAAAAUGCUGCCACCGGCUCGGAUACGCGACAACCUGAGCUACAUCUUGUCGGAUGCCACGCCGGCGCCUGACUUCCCGCUGGGGGCGCUGACGGCGGAGAACCGUGACGUGUGGGCGGGGCUGAGGGACAAGCUGCUUGCCACUGGCAACGGUGAGGUCCUCAAGACCGUGGACAGCGCCCUCUUCUGCCUAUGCCUGGACGACGUCACGCUAAGAGACAGCGUGGACGCCUCGCACAGCAUGCUGCACGGUGACGGCGUCAACAGAUGGUUUGACAAGUCGUUCAGCAUCAUUGUGGCCCGCGAUGGCCACGCCGCCAUCAACUUUGAGCACUCGUGGGGCGACGGCGUGGCCGUGCUGCGCUUUCUCAACGAAAUCUACAAAGACACCACUCAGAAGCCGCUCGUGCACCCCGACCAGGCUGCCGCUGGUGCUAGCUUGGCGUCAGAUGUGCGCCGGCUAAGCUUCCAGCUGGACGACGCGUUGCGCGAUGGCAUCAAGAAGGCCAAAGCUGGAUUUGACGCCGCCGUGUCCCGGCUCACCAUCGACGCCAUGCAGUUUACAGGUGGUGGCAAGGAGCGUCUGAAGGCGGCCAAGCUGAGCCCGGACGCGGUGGCGCAGCUGUCCUUCCAGAUGGCCUUCCUGCGCCAGUACGGCCAGACGGUGGCUACCUACGAGUCAUGCAGCACGGCCGCCUUCAGGCACGGCCGCACCGAAACCAUUCGACCCGCCAGUGCCUUCACCAAGCGCUGCGCUCACGCAUUCGUCAACGAGCCGGCCCGACACGCCGCCGGCGAAUUGCUGGACAUGUUGCGCCACUGCUCCGACUAUCACGGCCAACUCACCAAGGAGGCCGCCAUGGGCCAAGGUUUCGACCGGCACCUGUUCGCCCUGCGCUGCCUGUCAGCAGAGGCCGGGCGUCCACCGCAUGACCUCUACGCCGACCCCGCCUACGCUGCAAUCAACCACAACAUCCUGUCCACCAGCACGCUGUCCAGUUCAGCCGUGCGCCUGGGCGGCUUUGCUCCGGUGGUGCCUGACGGCCUGGGUGUGGGCUACGGUGUCCACGACAACUGGAUCGGCUGCAACGUCAGCGGCUACCCGUCUCGGGACGUCCCGGGUUUCCUGCGCUGCGUGCACCGAUCCUUGGAGGACAUCUUCAAUGUCCUGGACGGGAAGGCGCUCAACUGACGGCGUCUGGGCCACUCGCCUGUAGCAUUAAGUGGAAAUCAUGUGAUUGUACGUCAAGUCACACGACUGUGAAAUCAUCACAUUGUCAUGGUUACUGGUUAGUAUCGUGUCAUUGAAUUUGUGUCAGUAAAAUGUAUUUGUAUAGAAGAUGGACGAGCAAAAAAUUGGGGGGGAAAAAAAAAAAAAAAAAAAAGGAGUCAAGAGUUUUGGUCAUACAGUUCCCCCAAAAGGUUGUAUGUUCAACAUUACAUUAAUUGGAAUUUGGAGGGAAAAGGCCUUUACAUAUUCAAGAAAAAAGUAGCCUGAGAGUAGUCUACUGUUUUGGGGGAAAAUUGGUGACUAUUUGAGAAAAAAAAACUUUACAUAGUAUUUCAAGGAAAAAGUUUAAUUUGGGAGUUAAGUGUUUCCCACAAUGAGUCUGCUAGUUUGGAUUAGCCGUAAACUGGAGAAAUGAAAAUUUGAGAAAAUGUUGUGUUCAAUUGUACACAAGAAAACUAAAAGGAAAAUUAUGACUGAAAAUAUGUAUUUGGUUUGUUGUUGGCUGUGUAAGAACGAGCAAACCGUUUCAUCGGAGCGCUCAAGCACU